AUGGCUUCUGAACGACAAAAACAAGGAGCACAACCUGGCAAAGAACACGUCAUGGACCCAUCACCACAAUUCUCUAGCUCAGAUUAUCAACCCUCCAACAAGCUUCGUGGGAAAGUGGCGUUGGUAACGGGAGGAGACUCUGGAAUUGGUCGAGCUGUGAGUUACUGUUUUGCCCUCGAAGGUGCCACGGUGGCUUUCACUUACGUAAAGGGUCAAGAGGAAAAAGAUGCACAAGAAACCCUGCAAAUGUUGAAGGAGGCAAAAACCUCAGAGGCUAAAGACCCGAUUGCUAUUCCUACGGAUUUAGGAUUCGAUGAGAAUUGCAAGAGGGUCGUUGAUGAAGUCAUUAACGCCUUUGGACGCAUUGAUGUCUUGAUCAAUAAUGCAGCAGAGCAGUACGAGAGCAGUUCAAUCGAAGAGAUCGAUGAGGCUAGGCUGGAACGAGUCUUCCGUACAAACAUAUUCUCUUAUUUCUUUGUCACAAGGCAUGCGUUGAAGCAUAUGAAGGAAGGAAGCAGCAUAAUCAACACAACAUCAGUGAACGCUUACAAAGGCAACGCCUCCCUUCUUGACUAUACCUCUACAAAAGGAGCGAUUGUGGCGUUCACUCGAGGGCUUGCACUUCAGCUAGCUGAGAAAGGAAUCCGUGUGAAUGGUGUGGCUCCUGGUCCCAUAUGGACACCGCUUAUCCCAGCUUCCUUUAAUGAUGAGAAGAUUAAGAACUUUGGGUCUGAGGUUCCAAUGAAACGAGCCGGGCAGCCAAUUGAGGUGGCACCUUCCUAUGUUUUCUUGGCUUGUAACCACUGCUCCUCUUACUUCACCGGUCAAGUUCUUCACCCCAAUGGAGGAGCUGUUGUGAAUGCUUAA